CAUCCAUUGGCUACUGGACCUGUAAAAGCUCUGUCCCUCCCUACCCGAGAUGCAUCAAGCGCCAGGACAGGUGUAACGGGGCGGUGGACUGCAGAGACUACUCCGAUGAGAUCGGCUGUGAUUUCUGUGGACAAGACGCAAUGGCUGGCUUCAACGUAUGGGACAACGCCCUGGUCAUACAGGGAGAGGAUUCAUCAGGAAUAUAUCAGGAUGGCUGCAUUCCGCAUGACUACGUCUGCGAUGGGAUAGACGACUGGUUUACACAAGACGAGACCAACUGUGCUCAAGGACUCAUCAAUGACUGUCCAGAAUGGCAGUGGCAGUGCCCUGGAGAGAAUACCUGCUUGUCACAUAAAAAACGCUGUAAUACUCUACUAGACUGUGCGACAGGGGAGGAUGAGAAUCACUGUGAUGCGUUCUGUGAGUCCGUGGGUGGAUGGAGAUGCCAGUGUGACCAGCUGACCAAGUGCUACUUUGCCGAAAACAUCUGCAAUGGCUUCAGCACUUGUUUUUCACCGGACGGGAAAGGAUGUGAUGACGAUGAGCAGCUUUGCGAUGAGUAUUGCAAGUCGGUUGGUGGCUUCGAUUGUGGUGAGAAUGUCUGCAUAGAGCGCCAUCUAGUUUGCGAUGGGCAUCCCGACUGUGACUUUAGAAUAUUCUCGGGCGCACCAGCAGAUGAACAGGGUUGUGGUAGUUGUAUCGGGUUUUGGACAGCUAUGGCGAUGGAGAUGGAGUAUCUGGGAGUGUCAGACUACUACAAUCAUACCUGCAGCUCAGGAAAGUGCGCUGGAAGUUACGACUUGUGUGACGAUGUCAACACAUGCGGGAACUGGGAGGAUGAACAAGAUUGUGUGUCAGUGACUUGUCCCUUCGUAAAAUGUGAAGCAACAAACAAGUGCCUGUCAGAUGUUCUGUUAUGUGAUGGAAUUCCUGGAUGUUUGGAUGCUACUGACGAAGAGAUUUGUGAAUUGACAGAAUGCAGGGAUACAUCGAUAGGUGUCGAUACAUUCAAAGAAAUCAGCAGCGCUCAAUACUGCGAUGGUAAAGCCGACUGCAGAUCGGGCGCAGACGAGAGCCCAAAGAAAUGUGGAAUGGUUGUAUUCGAAACACCUUCGAACAGUGCGGCUAGAGUUGAGUACUACCUGGACAUAGCAGUCCAUGCCAAAGUGGUGAAACUAAUACCACAGUCCUGGCUGGACAUGGCUGUUCUGGACGUAGGACUAUUGGGAUGUCCUAUCAAAGAGCAACGUGUUAAGGACAUGUCCUGUGGCAAAGGCUGGACGAUGUUUGAAGAACGUUGCUACCAGAAGUUUUCCUCGCCGCUUGUCUGGUGGGCUGCUGAGAGGUACUGCCAAGCUCUGGAUGGUCAUCUGGCUGCCGUCAACACACUACAGGAAAACGAGUUCAUCCGCAGCAGCUUCGGAAACGGGUGGAUAGGGCUGACGCUUGAUGCCAUUUUGAUCAAGAACGAAAGACAGAAAAUAGUCAAUUUGACGUGGAGUGAUGGAAGUCCUGCCGGAAACGCCUUCCGGGAACAGAACAUCUCAUACGAUGUUUUCCAGGAAUACAUUUGGCGACUCAACGACCCUUUCUGUGCUUUCCUAGAAGACCACGGUACGUUCAUGUUACAUCACCACUAGCCACUAUCCCCUUAGUUCCCGUUCUACAUGCCUAACCUACA